CUCUUUAGCCUUUGAGACGCUGGCCGGCUGGCCCUACUACUCUAAAUUCUCAUCCAAGGAACAGGCGGCAAGUGGCAGCAACCAACUUCCUUUUGUUAAAAACUUGAAAAGGGUUCUCCUCUCAUUAUUCUAUCUUUAUUUACAAUUUUCAAUCUUUUUUUUUAACCAUGCUUUCUCUUUAACACCAAACCGUUGGAUGUUGAUCAUGUGUCACAGAAACGUUAGACGGUGACACCUCUCUUCUCUCUCUCUCUCUCUCUGGAACCAAUGAAGAAAAGCACAAAUAAAGAGAGAUGGUAGUAUAGAUUCACUUCAUGUUCUUAUCUGUACUUCAUUCUUUUCUUUUCUUUUUGCAUCAAACAAAGUGAACCCUAAGUUUUUAUCUUUCCAAAAAGGAAUUAUUCUCAUCGGGAAAUAAGGGUCAAAUUUGAUAAGUUUUUCAUCUCCUUUCCCAUGGAGUUUGAUGGCAUUGAUUGCAUGACAUCUUCGGAUGUGAUUGAUGAUGAUGAUGAUGAUGAGCUUCAUCAUCGUCAUAAUCAGUUGGCUUCAUUGUUGAAGUCCCAUAGCAACAAUGGAAGCAGCAACAGUAUUGUGCCAUCAGCGGCUCAGUCGAGCACCACCAGUGUCCAUGAACUUCUUGAAUGCCCUGUUUGUACCAAUUCUAUGUACCCUCCUAUCCAUCAGUGCCACAAUGGGCAUACUCUCUGUUCAACCUGUAAAACAAGGGUACACAACCGGUGCCCCACUUGUAGACAGGAGCUUGGUGAUAUCAGGUGUCUAGCACUAGAGAAAGUAGCCGAAUCACUCGAACUGCCUUGUAAAUAUACAUCACUUGGAUGCCCGGAGAUCUUUCCUUAUUACAGUAAACUCAAACAUGAGGCCUUAUGUAACUUCAGGCCAUACAAUUGCCCGUAUGCUGGAUCGGAAUGCGCUGUUGUUGGUGGUAUUCCAUUCCUUGUUGCUCAUCUAAGGGAUGACCACAAGGUGGACAUGCAUUCUGGAUGCACAUUCAACCAUCGUUAUGUGAAGUCUAAUCCUCGUGAAGUAGAAAACGCGACAUGGAUGUUAACCGUAUUCCACUGUUAUGGCCAAUACUUCUGCCUCCAUUUCGAAGCCUUCCAGCUUGGGAUGGCCCCUGUUUAUAUGGCAUUCCUUCGUUUCAUGGGUGACGAGGUUGAAGCCCGCAACUACAGUUACAGCCUAGAAGUUGGGGGCAAUGGAAGGAAACUCAUUUGGGAAGGCACUCCCAGAAGCAUAAGAGAUAGCCACAGAAAGGUCAGGGAUAGCCAUGAUGGCCUUAUUAUACAGCGUAACAUGGCGCUUUUCUUCUCCGGAGGAGACAGAAAAGAGUUGAAGCUGCGAGUAACUGGACGGAUAUGGAAAGAACAACAGAACCCUGAAGGCGGUGCCUGCAUACCCAACCUUUGCAGUUAAAGACAGAAGCUCUGCUGGAUCACUGAUGCAUACCCCAUAAUACCAUUUAUUGCAUAUUCUUGUAAUAUUCUUAGCAACCUGCUGUUAGUGUUGAGGAUUCUUGAAUUUUGUAUGAAUUUGGAGGCUUAAGUGUUUUCUCAAUUGUAAAAAUCAAAGUUACCGUGCUGUAA